AUGGAUCCUACGACGCUGGUUACUUUCCUCUUUCGAGCACCCGCAGAGGCCCGAACAGUGGAACUGCUGGGCAGCUGGGACAACUUCGCCCAGCCCUAUCGCAUGCACAAUGACCGACGCCGUGGUAUCUGGUCGGGAAUUUUCAGAUUCGAGAACAUCACCUUUGAUGGUGACGACAUCCAAUGGACAAAACCACGAAGUGGCGGCCUUCGACAAGGUGCUACAUACUGGUAUUACUAUCGACUGAAUUCCUACGAUGACACCUACGACGACCGACAUCCGCGUACGCUCUCAUGUCCGUUGAUACCAGGCCAGGUGGUCAACAUUCUUGAAGUCCCCAUUGAGCUUGAGGAGCUGCCCCAAAGAUGCUGCAGUUCUUCGGACAUUGAGGGGAGCUUAAGUAAUUGGCAGCAAUUACAGACUCUUGAUCCAGCCACAAAGUACGCGAUGCUGGAACCGCCGCCCGCAUCUAAGAUCCAUGCUAGAUCUCUCUCCGACGGCACUCUCCAAGGCAGACUUGAGAACCAGCCCUUGAGCAUUCUGGAGGAAGCAGUUUCUCGGCCAUCAACCCCAGAAUUAGAGUGCCAUGAUUCUGCAGAUCGGCAGGACUCACGUAAUGGCGUUUCUCGCGACAGUUCGGUCUAUUCGCAAGAAGUCUCGUGCUCAGCUCCUGUACCUAAAAGUCAGGAACAGGGUGAACGUCCGCCAGAUCUUCCUUCCUUUAAUGCAACUACACCGAAUCUUCAUAGGAUUCCUGAGCUGGUUGAGGAUUCAAUACCCGAAACAAUUAUGCCAAAAAUGGAGCCAGUUUCAGGCGAUAAUGCACACCUCAUGGCCACAACUAUGAUUCCAGAUCUCACGAGGAACCUCUCAGCGCUGAGCGUUGGUCCCACCUCUGUUCAAAACAUUCAAUUUUAUAAUGAAUCGCGGCCCGGAACAAGGCUCAAUGAGGAUCCGGAACAGUACCGUCCUAGAGUCUACUCUCUACCAAAUUCAGAAGUCAGAAAUACCAGCAGAGGAAGUCCACAACUGUCUCCAAUGUCAAAAGCACUGGACUCACUUCCCACAAACCAGUAUCAACAUGGAGGCCCAAGCCCUGACAGCAACCUCUUGGGGUUGGAGUUGGAAUCACCAAGCUUUUCACUAGACACUGCCAGCUCGGCGGGGGAGGAGUCUCCACCACACCUAUCCCCCCGGACUUCGAUCAAGAGAGACGCACGCCCCGCAUCUCGCAGCGGCGGAGCACUAACAGGAUUCGCGAAUCGCAUACGCUCACUGCGAAGUCGACAUCACACUGGAAACUCUCGCCCAGAGACCGCGCAAUCGCCCAGGCGGGGCCCACCCUCAUUCAUGAACUACGCCCUCCCACAGGCCGUGGAGAGUUCGCACUCCCUGACAAAGGGCCACUCCAAUAUCUCCCCAACUACACGUUCGGCACACGACCACAUGCCUAUGCCCACCGUGUUCGAUGCGGAACUUCCAACUCCAACUCUAUUUUCAGAGGAGCGUGAAAGCCCAAUGGCGGAUGCCAUUUUCAGCGAAUUGGGGUUUCUUAAUACGAGCAUCGUUUGA